CCAUUCGAUUGGUCCCUGGCCUAGCGGGGGAAAUUCCCUCCAGACAAAAGGGUAAACAAGGCGUCGGCCAUUUUUGGUGAAGAGUCCGUUUCACCUCCGUGUCUUUCUUUCACAUUCCCAUUAAAGCUGCUGCUCCGCGGCGAGAGGGAUGGCGGGUUUACCUCAUAAAUUUCGCUGAUGAGUCGAGCCGCGUCCUUUAGAAUCGUGUUCAAGAUCGAUUUUCAUUAUCACGGCGGGAGUCCGGAAAAAAAACAUGGAGGUUGUCCCGCAGCUGUCAAAUGGCAACGCAUCCAAACAGACGAUCAAGCUGGGCACUGGUAAAGUGGCCGCGCCGUGGGGUGGCCAGGCCAAGUUGGACAGCCUAGGGUUACCCGCUGAGGUAGAGGGCGAUGACUACUACGACAGUGGCAUUGGCUCCCUCAGUGAGCUGCAGGUCAGGCAGUUCAAUGAGUUGGGUGGCGUUGACCAGAGUGUUGAUGGUGGGGAGGGCAAGGAUGGCAUGUCCAUGGGCACUGAGCCAGACAUUUGCUUAUCCACCCAGCAGUGGGCAGAGACUGGCGUUGGCCAGAUCACCCAGGGCAUCGAGGAUGUGAAACUGAGUGGCACUGGUCAGAUCACCCAGGGAAUGGAGCUGGGCAGUUCCCAAGAAGCAGUGAAUGAGUUGAAGGAAUUGCGCCACUACCGAACCGAAGACUUGGACUCGGCACUGCACCUUUCUGUCAUCCAUGAGAAAGUCAACUUUUUCGUCACUAUUCUCUGUUAUAUAAAGGAUGCUGAAUACCUGAACCUGCAGAAUGACUUGAACCAGACAGCACUGCAUUUGGCUGUGAUCAUUAGGCGUGCUGAUUUUGUGGAGAGGUUGGUGGCUGCCGGGGCAAACCUCUUGCUGCAAGAGAAGGAUGGGAACACUGCCUUACACCUAGCGUGCAUGGAAAGAGCCACCAGCUGUGUUCAAGCUCUCCUGUUUCAUCAUGUUCAUGGUCUAAGGAAUUCCGGUCUCUUUGACCCAUCCCAAGUCUCACAGCAGCUGAAUUGCUACAACUAUAAAGGAUUCACGCCCUUGCACUUGGCUGUCAAGGUCAAUGAUGUUCGUAUCGUUGAAUAUCUUUUGCAAUCUAAAGUUGAAAUAAAUGCAAAGGAGAGGUCUGCGGGCCGAACUGCUUUACAUCUGGCAGUGGAGGAACAAAAUCAGCAAAUUGUCAAACUCUUGCUGGACUGGUGCGCAGAUGUUCACGCUCAGAUGUACAAUGGCUAUACACCAAUUUGUCUGGCUCUGUGCAGGCCUAAUUGGAGCAUAACACAGAUGCUCAGAGACUAUGGUUCUUCAGAGCCAGAUACAGAUGAGGAGUCGGAAGAGAGUGACGAAAUUGAUGAAGAUGGCAUGGGCGAGUAUGAUGAUUUUGUGGUGCAUGGGUGUUAUUAGAAGAUCAGAAAAUUCAGAUGUCCUGCUGUAUUUAAACCUUACAGUUGAAACAUUAAAGUGGUUCAACUCCACUACUGUAAAGGAGCACCGUCAUAUAGUCGUUUUCACUGUCUUGUAGCCAUGUAUUGAGCCAAUACCUAGGAGUAGUCUUUAUAACCUGGUGUGUACAAAUACCAAUUUUUGGUUUGUAGAGAACUGGUUGCCACUCAGAUGUAAGUCAAGCGGGAAUCCAAUAUAAAAAUACAAGUCACGUGAGACAUACAGUAGGUCGUGGAGUUGGGAAACAUAGGGUGAACACAGUGUAAUCUGGCAAGGAGGGAUGCACCUGGCAAAAUUCAGGAGAAUGUUUUAGUUCUGAUUGUUAAACCAGAAUAUUGAUGGUGGGGUUUGGUGCUGAUGAGUGGGGUAUGGUUAGUGGUGGGGGGAUAUGGAGCAAAGGGACCAUUGCCGUUUUUAAAGUUUGUAGCUCUGCUGGUUCUCCACACUGCAACAGUCUUUUGCCAGGAGGUCUUGUUAACCCAUAUCCGGAGCCUCCAUAGUGACAUUCUUAACCAGAGGUAAGAGACUCUGAUGUGAGUUUCUUUUUUAAAAGAACACUUACAUCGCUCCUUUUACUGCAGCUGACUUCCCAUCUCUGAUGGAGUAGAAGCUUUUUUGUGUGUGUUUGUUUGGAAGAUUGCCAAAGUUGAUUCAUAAGCAAACUUCUGAACUUGAAGCUGCGUGAAUGCUAAAUGGGUUUCUUUUCCCUGGAAGAAGCAACGUUUUAGCUUCAAUAACUGGGUAAACAACAGUAGCAGGAGGAUGGAGAGUAUCAGUUAGCUUAGUUGGCUGGAUAGCAAUACAGAGUGAUGCUAAUAGCAUGGGUUAAAUUCUCAGACCAGCUGAGGUUAUCACAAAGGAUUCUCCUCAACCUGUCUGUUCACCUCUCUAACGAGAGAGCAGCCCUAUGGUCUGGCAAGACCGUGAUGACUUUCAUAGAGGAAACCGUCACAAUUGGGAAGAUUAAGUUGCAGCAUAUUGGAUUGCAUGACGUGGAUUAAGUAACUUGCUAGAAUGCUGUCUCUGUGGCCAAAUGAGACUCCGUGUAGGAACAUAUCAUUCACAAAAAUUGGAGGCAGUAUUAGGAAGUCAAAUGUUAAAAUUAUUUUUGAUUUUAGUAUGUUGAUUUGAGCUGUGAUGGAUAAAAAUAGGUACCACAAAUUCAGCAGAGGAGGGUGAGGUGAAGAGGCAUGUGAAUAAAGCUGAACUGCAAGACAGAUUCUCUGGUUUUGUAAAAGUAAAUAAUAAUUCAUGCAGAAAAAAGCACAUGUAUUCCAUGGUCAUCAUUUACAUUUACAUUUGAAAUAUUAAUAUUUCAAAAUGUCUGAACUCUAGCUUUGCAAUUGUUUGGUAUGGUGAUAUGAGUGGCAAAUCUCCUUCUGCAAGCUGACAGGUAUAAGAAUGUGCUGUAGGACAUCUAGUCCAUCAGGCCUGCUCCACCAUUUAAUACCAUCAUGGCUGAUCAAAUACUUCAGUGCCUUUUACCCACAUGAGCCCAAUAAGAUUUGAUGCUAGAAAUCUAUUAAUCUUUAAACAUUAAUUGAUGAUUAAGCCUCCGCCACCCCCGAGUAGAGAAUUCCAAAGAUUCUCAACCCUCUGAGUAAAAUAAAAAACUCCUAGUCUCAGUCCUAAAUGGCAUUCCUUUAUUUUUAAAUUGUGGCCCCAGAUUCCAUGCUCCCCAUCUUCCUUGGAUCUAUCUUGUCAAUUCCUUUAUAACUAUUUUGUAGUUUUCAAUGAGAUCACCUCUGAUUCUUUGAAGCUGUGGAGAAUGCAGCCCAGUUUACCCAAUUCUGCUUCAGUGUUAAAGGGGAAAGGGAGAUGACUUCUAAAGCUGAUGUUCCAUGUUGCCCUUUGGAGACAUCUAUUCAUUAUGUCCCCUCCCUCAUUCCCCACUGUCCUUAUCACAGUUUUGCAGUGCUAGCUAGUUGUGGGCCAUACAUUUGUAGGCUGGCAUACCCAGUAUGCUGUUGAGAGCCCAAGUCUUGUCCCUGGAGGAUUUGAGAGAGUAGCAGUGUAAGGUUUAGAGGUCUUUCUUCUGGUGACAGGAGUACUUUACAGCAAAAGAAAUACUGGUCUUAACAGCUCCAUUAAGCUAUUUUUGAAAAUGCAUACCUUGUGCCCUCCUUGUGAGCAUAGCUGGACACUGCAGUGCUCAUCACAAUCUGGUUAAUGGCUGUUGUUUUUGAAAAGGCUAUAUAAUUUGGAUUUUGAAAUCUCCUUGUUCCACCCAUCCAUCUUUUGCUGAGAAAAUAAGCGGGGAAUGUAGCAAUAUAAAGUCUCAGCCUGAUUCUUUUUAUAAAAUUAUUUUGUGGGUCACCUGAAUAACUGGCAGGACCAGUAUUUGUUGUCUUUGAACUGUGUGGAGAGGGAAGUCAAGAGUCCAGCCCAUAUUUCUGGCUUUGUAGUCUUAUCUAGACCAGUUUGGGAAGGGAUGAUGGAUUUCCAUUAGCUGCUAUCAUGAAAUUUGAAACUGUCCCCAGAGUAUUAUGAUAAAACAAAAAAACUGCAAAUGCUGUAAAUCUGAAGAAGGGUCACUGGACCUGAAACGUUAACUCUGCUUUCUCUUCACAGAUGCUGCUGUAUCUGCUGAGUUUCUGUUUUACUUCUCCCAGAGUAUUAGCCUGUGCAUUUUGGUUGUCUCAAUCACUCUUGUUUUCUCUCUCUCUCUCUCUCGCUCGCUCUCUUUCUCUCUCUCACCCUUGCAUACACACUCUACCCCACCCCAAAUUGAUUGGCUACUACAAGCGGUUUCAUGCUCGUAGACUGAUAGUAAUGUUUGAUUGCCGACAGUUUGCUUCUUAGUGUGACUUUUUAGAUCCAGUACAUGAUAAAACCAGUUCAAGCUUCACAUUGAGAAAGCCUAUUUAAAGAUCAUUCAAAUUAAACUCAUCAAGCAAUACUAGUGAAUAAGAAACACUCUAAUUAGUCAUUUGUAGAAAUUUGAUUCUUUAAAUCCCUUUGAAAUGGGAAACUGGUAUGGUAUUCGUCUUGAAAGCAGUCCUUUAUUGUUAGAAGAAGUCUUGUUUGAUGUGCAUUUUUUGUUCACCUUCCUGCUGUACUGAUAUAUGGUCACAAUUUCAACAUUUUGAGGUUGAAACUACCUGUAAAAAUAUGCAGAAUGGAAUCAUGUAAACAGUUGCCUGUAAUACUAUAAUUGCAGAUUCUGGCCAUGAGGGUGGUGUUGGUUUUGGAAGACUCUUUUAUUCAUUUGCAGUGCAAUGGCCAAUUUAUCAGUAUCAGUUGAAAGCUAUCACGGAAAUAUGGUCCUGUUAUUUUUUUUUUCUACAGUUAUUCUGUAUUACAGUGUAUUUUUUAAACAUUACUUUGCAUAUGUACAGAAUGUCUAGUUUGGUUUUGAUGUUUCUGAGAUAUUGAAUGAUGAGUUUUUGUCAUGCUUAGUGUCAUGUAGGCACUGCUAGAAUGUAGCAAUGCUUUUCUUUCAAGUCUAUAAUUUUGGCUUUGUUAAACUGUUUGUUGAAUUGUUUUAUUUUAAUUGUAUCGUUCAUUUUCUUAACUUGUAACUGCAUGUUGGGAUUGCUAGUCAGUGCUUUGCUUGCCUUAAAGAUUGAUAUUAACCACUGUGGAUAACCAGCACUUUUUUUCUCUUUCAACAAAAACUGACAAAUAAAUAUUUGCAAAUAUAGCUGUAAAA